AGAGUGUCUGAGAGUGCGGCCUGCCGAUAUAUGGACUACUUUUAUACCUGAAAACGGAGUGAAACAAGUGCAAGAUAUAGUCUUAAACUGUAAAAUAUGCUUCUUUUAGAUGACUCACUUCAGCGAAUUAAUCGACUUGUGUGAUAUUUGGGUGAAAAUACCGAGGAGAAGUUAGUGCGUGGCAAAACCAUGGAGAAGCCAACACUGACAGCAGUGCUCUUCUGCUACCUGUUUACUCAAGAAGUGCUUGCCAUCCAGGUGACAGUUCCACAUACAGAACGAAGCACCACUCUGUUUGCCUCCGUCAUCUUACGCUGCGACUACUCUACUUCAGUCAACCAGCAAGACGUGCUGGUUACAUGGCGCUACAAGUCCUUCUGCAUGGACCCUGUGUUGCAGUAUUACUCAACAGCAUACCAGGCAGCUCUGAGUCUGGGGCAAGACCCAGCCAAUGACUGUCCUGACCGCCAACGCACCAUCCGCAUAGUUAUCCAGAAGAGAGGCACUAAUGAGCCCAUACUGGGAGCAGAAUACCGUGAACGCAAGAUCACCAUCCAAAACAAAGCUGAUCUGAUCAUCACCGAGGUCAUGUGGUGGGAUAAUGGUGUGUAUUUCUGCUCCAUUGAUGCAGCUGGAGACACCAUUGGAGACUCUGAUCGGGAAAUCAAACUCAUUGUGUACCAUUGGCUGACUGUGCUGUUGAUCGUUCUUGGGGCAUUGCUUCUGAUCAUACUUCUCUGUAUCUGCUGCUGUCAGUGCUGCCCUCAGAACUGCUGCUGCUAUGUUCGUUGCCCAUGCUGUCCAAAAACAUGCUGCUGCCCAGAGAAAGUGGUGAUGCAACACAGGAUGAUGAGUGAGGCCCAGAAAGCCAUGGCUCCCUGGCUUCAUGGUCAACCUGUUUAUGCCCCCAUUGGGUCUAAUGGAUCAUCUCAGGCAAACCCUCUGCUCUACUCAGGUUCCUUCUCAGAACAUUCUUCUAAACACAGUAUACCAAUGGCAAAAAUGGUCGCUCCUCCCUUGCAACCUGGCCCACCUAUGGUACUUGGGCAUGGUGUUCAAGCCAAUGGGAGUGUACGUGGUAGUGUCCAAGGCAACAGUCAGAUGCUAGACUUCCUGGAGAGUCAGGUGAGAGGGUUGGAUGUGGGAGCCCCACUUCUCCAACCUCCAACUCAGUAUGUGGCAACCCAUCUUCAGGCUGUGCCUCUUCAGCAAGUAGCUGUUCAACCCCAGCCUGUGCAGAAUGUACAGCCCAUGCAGCCAUUAACACAAGCUGUGCCUUUCUCCCCUGGACCUCCUAGUAUGCUUUCAGCUUUGGAUGAAAUGGGUGUGCAUGGUGUAGAACGCAGGGUUAUCCAGUUGCCCCCCAUUGUGGGCCGGGCACCAAGCCUGAUCUCCCGCAGAGGCCCAAGGGAGAACCGCAGGGUACCCCGACUCUCCAGUCAAUCAAGUGGCAGCUCAAACCGCACAGGUCAUAACCAUGACGAUUCCUGGUACCCAGAGUCAUCACGGCAUGGGAUCCUGCGCAGUUACAGUGGUGAGUCUGACAGGAAUGACCGGCGUUCGGGCCGAGGCUCACGAGAACACAGGGGAGAUCGAAGCACGCAGAGGUCUCGCCCACGUGUUCGCAGUAAAGCAGAGCUAAUAAAGGAACUGGAACGGGCAACUCCUCAUCGAGACAGGAGCUACUCUCCCACACCUCAGGGUAGCUUCUGGAGCUCGGAGGAGGAGGAUGAGAGUCACAGAGGGAUGCCAAGAUCACGAGACCGAGUUUGGCUUGAGAAACCACCUAGUUACUCUUCCAUUGACAUCCAACCAGGCCAUAGCAAGAGGACCAGUGAACGCAACUCGGACAAGAGCUCUCGCAGUGCCAUCAGCGUUGUCAUCUGAAGCCUCUUCGUGCUUUGUACUGUAUUUUCACAGUGAGUGCCCAAGUUAGUAUGGCUGUUUCUAUAAUGAGUAUUGCAAGUAUCAUGGAGUUUAUACAAGACUACACAGCACUAGCCCAGUGGUACAAGAAGAAUGGAACAGAAUUAAUUUUUGUAAUUUUAAGAUUGUUUUUUCUAUGUUGUGUAUGCUCCUGUAUUUUUAUUUUAUUUUUUUAAUUUUGUUUGGUUGUUACACUUCAAUGGGCUGCACUUUAGCUUAAUUUUUUUUACUAAAUAAUUGUACUUUUUAUAAAGUGGAUUUCAUUUCUCAAUUUUAGAAUAUUUGUAUUAUUUGAAUCAUUUUUAUUAUGCAUCAGGUUUUGUCUCUUUCUUGGUGCUGUUUGGGUACAAAAUGAAGGAAAUCUAGUUGUGCACAGUUUGUUAUAAUUGCACUUUACUCUGAGUAUCCUCACAGUUCCACACCCUUAGCCUCCCAAAAAACUAGCCUAAUUUCUUUUAAUGUUUUCUGGAACCUAAUGUUCAGUUAACUUGUUUUAUGUAAUUUUUUUUUUAUCUAAAUGCAUUUUUAUGUGAUUAAAAAAAUGAAUCAUG